CAACCCAACCCAUCGUUGUAAUAAUCUUUUGUUCCUUUGCAUUCUCCCUGAGAUGAAAAGCAAACAAAUAGCAAUUCGCUAGGACUUACGAGGUUGCACGCGAACAAGUUCAAAAUUGAGCUUUUCAUCCGCGUUCACGAUGAUUGUAGAGGCAACGUUGUCAUUGAUCGCCUUCGUGGUGUUGGUAUCACUUGUGACGGCAUCGUCGCCGCCGAGUUCUGCUGGCCGUGAUCCCCUCCUAUUGCGAGCAGCGCGUGGGGAAUCGGUCGAGAGAAUACCUGUUUGGAUGAUGCGACAGGCUGGUAGACAUAUGCAGGCCUAUCGGUGAGUUGGUACCUGAUGCAUAAUGCUAUUGCAGUUUCGAUUUUCCAAUCCGAUCCUUUGAAUCYACUCAACAUAACACGACUCAUCGAUGUUUGCUUWCCCUUUUUGGAACUAUCAGCGACCUUGUCGAGAAGUAUCCAACAUUUAGGCAACGAUCAGAGACUCCGGAGGUCUCUCGGGAUAUUUCAUUACAGCCUUUAGAACGCUGUAAGUACUGCUCGUUUGAUGACGAUGUUUCUGCUUCGGUGGAUGGAUAAAAUACGAACGAUAUYAAUUCAUUUUUCUGUUUUGCACCUGUCCUCGAUACAUAAAGAUGGUCUAGACGGAGUCAUUCUUUUCUCUGAUAUCCUGACACCACUCCCUGCUAUGGGAAUCGAUUUUGAUAUAUCUGAGGGUGGUAAAAUUCWAAUUGUGCCCAUACGGACCAGGGAAGAUUUGAACAAACGACUCCGUCGAGUUUCAAGGGAAGAUUUCGAAGAUAACUGCCACUUUGUGGGUUCUGUCUUGGAGGAUCUGAGAUGCAGGUUUGAGAUCUCUUCGCCAGAUACCACGCUGCUAGGAUUUGUUGGUCUACCGUUCACCUUGGCGUCGUACCUGGUAGAAGGCAAAACAGGAGUGUCCGAUGGUUUUCCACAUGUUCGGGAGCUCAUKAGAGAAAACCCGGACAUUCUUCACGACAUACUAUCCRUGUUAGCGGAUAAUAUUGUUGACUAUGCAUGCUAUCAAAUAGAUUCUGGUGCUCAAGUAGUUCAAGUGUUUGAUUCGUGGGCUGGACAUAUUUGCGACGAAGACUAUGAAGUAUUCUGCGAACCAUAUCAACGGCGGGUAGUAAAGGGGAUUAAAMAACAAUACGGAGAUACGCCAGUCAUUAUUUACAUGGCACCAGGCCCGCAUAGUACCGGUGGCCGUCGUCUCAAACUAUUGGCRGGAACGGGAGUAGAUAUUGUUAGUGUUGACCAUACAUUGGAUAUCAAAUCGGGGCUUGAGAUGCUGGAUGAUUUCAACAAUGUUGGUUUCCAAGGUAAUCUAGAUCCUCAAAUAUUGCGAGAUGGACCGUUGGGAGCAAUACGACGAGAAACUCUARCUAUCUUGGAAAAUAUGAAGGGGAGAAAGCGAUGCAUCCUCAAUUUGGGACACGGGAUCUUACCCAACACUCCAGAGGCUCAUGCUGAGUGCUUUGUAGAAACAGUAAAAUCAUUUAGAAUUGAUUGAGAACACAAUAAAAAAGAGAAAAACACAAAAAGAAGUGCCAAUCAUGGCAUUAAAAAUCAAGUCCAUAACCAAUAUGUGAGAAAACCAGGUAUCCUGAAGUUUGUUUAAUCCCUUCAUUCGUAAACUUCAAUCUAGCAGGAAUAUUUUAAGUUCUGAGUAUGAAUGACYCAACCACUGUSCCCCAUGCAAGGAUAAACUCAGAAUCAAAAGAAUAUAGACCCUAAAAAAUGUUUGCUCAUCUAGUACUGGUGCCCAGGUUUUAAGUGGUAAUAUGGUACUGAUACAUCCAAAGGUUUGUUUAUUCAAAGGAUUAUUUUUCCCUCUAUCCUUAUUUUCAAGUUUGAAUUUUUUUGARAAGCUUUGAAGUCUUCUAUAAAAUAUGGCACUCAAGACAAGAGAUGUUAGAGGAUGAAAAUUGGCCUGCCUUAAAUCAAAGGAUGGAUAUGAA